AUGAACCAUAACAAUCAGACUUGGGUGACAGAGUUUCUCCUUCUGGGUCUUUCUGAUGACCCUCAGAUUCAGCUGCUGCUUAUUGUAUUAUUCUUUGGAGUGUUCUUAGGUACUGUGGUUGGAAGCUUACUCAUCAUUUACCUAGUUCUAAUUGACUCACAGCUCCAUACACCCAUGUACUUUUUCCUUUGCAACUUAUCUCUGGCUGACAUUGGUGUCACUAUUACCACUGUACCACAAGCUUUAGUCCAAAUGUUAAGUAGGAAAAAGACCAUUUCCUUCUUGGGCUGUGGUGCCCAGAUUUUCUUCUCCACUACUUUUGGAGCUACACAAUGUUCACUAUUAGCUAUUAUGUCCUAUGACCGAUACUUAGCAAUCUGUGACCCCAUGCAUUACUCUCUCAUCAUGACAGGGAAGGUGUGUGGAAAAUUGGCUUUGGUAUGCUGGGUCAGUGGUAUUGUUGCAUCCUAUGUUGACACUAUGUUUACACUAUGCCUACCCUACCAAGGAGAUAAUAGGAUUGCUCAUUUCUUUUGUGAGGCACCAGUUCUCUUGACUCUGGCAUCUGGAGACACUCAUACAGCAGAAAUGGCUAUUUUCUUCAUCGGAGUAUGGAUUCUUCUUGCACCCAUGUCCCUGAUUCUAAUCUCCUAUGGAUUUAUCAUAGUGACUGUCAUUAGGAUGAAGACAACAUCAAGAAGACUCAAGGCAUUCUCCACCUGUGGCUCCCAUCUCCUUGUGGUCAUCCUUUUCUAUGGGACUCUCAUUAUUGGCUACAUGACACCCAAGUCCUCCAGGGAGCAGUUCAAGCGGGUUGCUGUGUUCUAUGGUGUCAUAAACCCUAUGCUUAAUCCUCUCAUUUACAGUCUGAGGAAUAAGGAAGUGAAGAGAGCAUUCAGAAAUGCAGUCAACAGGAAAUAA